UUCCCAGAAUUCGUUGCGUUCCGCAGAUCGACACAGCAGAAGAAGCACUAGCUAGUUUGCUAGCAUUUCACUAGCUAACGUCACCUUUCUUAACACACAGCGGAGGAAAUACCCAACUAUUGAAAAUGAAGGACGUUACCGGGUACCUCAAGCAACAGCAGAGCACCAACCCGGAGAUGGCAGCAGAAUGGCACAUGCUGGAGGAAUUCUACAACAAAAAGUUGUGGCAUCAGCUGACUCUGAAGUUGACCGACUUCGUGAAAGAUCCUUGCUUUAAAACGGGGGAUGGUCUUAUACAGCUUUAUGACAAUUUCUUGAGUGACUUCGAACACAGAAUCAAUCCAUUGUCUUUAAUGGAGAUCAUACUCUUUGUUGCCCGACAGAUAAAAGAUCCUAAAGAGGCCAUCACUUUCCUUGAGAAGACCAGGGAAAAGGUUAAGAGCAGCGAGGAGGCCGUCAUCCUCUGCAAGACGACUAUCGGCAGUCUAAAACUGGAGAUCAACGACCUUCCAGCCACAAAGAAAAUCAUCGAGGAGGUGGAGGAAAUCCUCAACAACUUGCCAGGAGUGACCUCUGUCCACGGCCGCUUUUAUGAUCUGUCUAGCAAAUACUACCGCAUCAUUGGCAACCACGCCUCCUACUACAAGGAUGCCCUCCGCUACCUCGGCUGUGUGGAUAUCAAGGACCUGCCAGAAACGGAGAAGCAAGAGAGAGCGUUCACGCUGGGACUGGCCGGACUCUUGGGAGAGGGGGUUUACAACUUUGGAGAAUUGCUGAUGCAUCCCGUACUGGAGUCCCUACGGAGCACGGACAAGCAGUGGCUCAUAGACACCCUCUAUGCCUUCAAUGGGGGCAAUGUGGAGAAGUUCCAGAGCUUCAAGUCCGCCUGGGGCGCGCAGCCUGACCUGGCAACAAACGAGUCCAAGUUGAUGCAGAAGAUCCAGCUGCUCUGUGUGAUGGAGAUGACCUUUACCCGCCCAGCCACCAACAGGCAGCUGACCUUCGCUGAAAUUGGUCAGAGUGCCAAAAUCCCAGUCAAUGAGGUGGAGCUUCUAGUGAUGAAGGCUCUCUCUGUGGGCCUUAUCAAAGGCAACAUCGAUGAGGUGGACCAGAAGGUCCAGAUGACCUGGGUACAGCCAAGAGUACUGGAUCUACAGCAGAUCAAGGGCAUGAAGGAGCGUCUGGACUUCUGGUGUGAAGACGUCAAGAACAUGGCCAUGUUGGUGGAGCAACAGGCCCACGACAUCCUCACCUAAUGGAGUCUUAAGGCUCAGCCCUUUUCUUUCCCUUUUGCUACAGUUAUUUAUACUUGUAUCAAAAAGGAACCGUCUCUGUUUAUUCCCCUGAUAGGUGGAAGGUUGCAUCCAGUUAUUUCAUUUUGUAUUUUCAUCUUUUUUUUCUUUUCUUUUUGCUGUACGCAUUCAUAUCCAAACAUUUAAUUGAACUGUACACUGUAUUUUACAAAUAAAGACUGGUCUGAACAAAAUCCUAAAUAAAUAACUUUAAAUAGUUUUCAGAAAAUGA